CCUUUUCGCCUCCACCCCCAAGAGAUGCUCCUAUAAAGGGGCAGAGCAGUGCAGCUCCUCCCGCUGGGGAGUGUGGAGAGCAGGGGGGGACCAUGGACUUCAUCAGCAUUCAGCAGUUGGUAUGUGGAGAAAGAGUGGAGAGGAAAGUGCUGGGAUUUGGACAUAGAGUUCCUGAUCCUGGAGGCUGGCCUAGUGACUGGAGGAGGAUGGCAUCCCAAGAGGCCAUGGCCCGGGAGAAGUUGAAAUUGGAAGAAGAGAAGAAGAAGAAACUCGAAAGAUUUAACAGUUCCAGACUUAACACGAAGACCCUGACUGACUUGCAAAACUUGGUUCUAAGACGGAAAGAAAAGCGACUGAGACGCAGAGUCCCCCCCAGUGAACCCAAGCCCAUGGUUAAGCCGCAGCCCCAGACCCAGGUGGAGUCUGUGGACCUGGAGAUGUUCCUGAAGGCAGCUGCUGAGAACCAGGAGGCUGUGAUUGACAAGUACCUGGCAGACGGAGGGGACCCCAAUGCCCACGACAAGCUCCACCGCACAGCCUUGCACUGGGCCUGUCUGAAGGGUCAUAGCCAGCUGGUGAACAAGCUUCUGGCAGCUGGUGCCACUGUGGACCCUCGGGACUUGCUGGACAGGACACCCAUGUUCUGGGCCUGCCGUGGAGGACACCUGGACAUCCUUAAAGAGCUGCUUAACCAGGGAGCCCGGGUCAAUGCCCGGGACAAGAUCUGGAGCACCCCCCUGCACGUGGCAGUGCGUACUGGGCACUCUGACUGCCUGGAGCACCUCAUCGAGUGUGGUGCCCACAUUGAUGCACAGGAUAAGGAAGGGGACACAGCUCUACAUGAGGCUGUGCGGCAUGGCCGCUACAAAGCCAUGAAACUGCUGCUGCUCUAUGGAGCCAAGCUUGGCGUGCAGAACAUGGCCUCCAUGACACCAGUGCAGCUGGCACGAGACUGGCAGCGGGGCAUUCAGGAAGCACUGCAAGCCCACAUUGCACAUCCCCGCACCCGGUGCUGAUGACAACAGCAGGCCUGCAGGUUACCUGCAGCCACCAUUCCAUCUCCUCCCCUCCCGUGUAUCUGCACCCUGUGGUUCUUGCCUCAGUGUGGAUUCCUCUCUCAGGGCUUUGCUUCCUCAGGCUUCUGAGGAAGCCCUGUCAGAACUGAGAAGCAGCAGUGAGCCCAGCAGAUGGAGAACUCAGGCCUCCUUGGCUUCCUAUGUCAAGAGGUACCAUGUUCCCUGCUGGGCUGGAGCUGAAAGGACUGAGGCAGAGGAGCACAGAGCAACAGAAAGCAAAGCGGGUCCAGAUGAGGGCCAGGGGAGUGGAAUGGGAGUCAAGAUGGGGCAGGAGGUGAGCAAGAGCCAGGCUACCUAGGGCUGGAUGCUAGAAUUCUUUGGUGUUCACCUAUCCCAAGUCUGGGAGGUUCUUCCCUUGCUCUUCACAGGACAAUCUCCUACAGGUGGUGAUUCAGCCUGUGGCCAGCAGCUGCCUUCUAGGACAUACAAGAGGCAACCAAAGUAGGCCACACAAGUGCCAGGCAUUUCUGCACCUGGCCAAUGCCCAUGAGCAGGGGUUUUUCCAGGUGACUUCAUUCCUAUCAGCAGCAACCCUGAUAGUGUUUGGAGUGGCUCUAGACAGCUUUUGUCUUAAGGACUCUGGAGGUGGGUUCUGACAAUCUGGCGGGCUGUUCAACAGGCUUGAGGCCCCAUGGCAAAAGAAGUCCAGUCCCCACUGGGUUGCCUCAGAAGCCCUAAGACUGAUGAGCUGGACCUGAUACUUGAGGCAAACCCUCUUGUGCCCACUCUUUCUAAAGGCUUCCAUCAGGCUUGCCUGCCACAUUGCUGAUGGCGCUCUUUGUAGGGGUGAAGUGCCUGGGUGCUAGGGAUUGCUUGUGGCCCACCCAACUCUCGGGGCGGUGGCCCGUAACCUUAGUUUACCUGAGGCUCUAACUUCUCCUUGCUACUGGAGUUUGAGCUCCUGUCUGGAACCUGCAGCUGCACCCACUCUGCUCGAUCCCACUCAAAGACAGGGCACUUGCGAGCUCUGAGCUCAGCCCGCAGGGAAGCAGGGGAAGGCAAGAACACCCCCUCAAGCUGCUCACCCACUAACGGGUACAGUGAUGACCCACAAGCUCCCUAAAGUCUCCUUCCUCUUGCACUGUUCUUUAUGUCAAGUUUCACUGGUGUAGACCCAUACUACUGGCAGGGCUGGGCCCUUAAAUGCCAGAGUGAAUUUUAAAGAGCUCCAAACCAAGAACCACAGGCUGAGAGGAGGGCUAACAGAUGAAGGUUUAGCCUCCUUCACGAGGGUCCUGGGUUACAUAAGGUAGCUGGGGGAUACACAUUUUGCAGCAUUUAUUUUUAGUUUAAUUUUGGUGGCCUUCUCAGGCCAAAACGAGGCCAUUGUUAUCAUACGAAAAAAAUGACAAGCGCUCCGCACACCUUUCCACGGGCAGCCCCUGCCCUGUGGUGACAGAGCCAGCGUGCACUCGGUGCUGGCACCAUGGGCGAAACAAGCAUUCAAGACCAAGGAGAAGACAACUUCUCAUCUAGAAAAUAAGGACACUUAAGUGACAAAAACACCUUUUUAUAUGGAUCAGUAUUUUUUUGUUCAUUAAAACUAAUUGAUUGACAAUCACUGCUUACUCUUCUGGGCUAAUGGAGCCAGUACUUUGGGCACCAGGGACUACCUGGCAGAGCCCAAGAUCUUGUCCUCAGUGCCAAAGCCGAAACAUGUUAAACCAUGCUGGCCUGACAGCAAGAUAGGCCAUCAGGUGCAGAGUGGGUUCCUUAGCUCUAGUGCUCAAGGCACCUCAGCUGGAUAAACAAGUUCAAAGAGGAGUAGUUUUCAGCCUCAGCUGUUCAUGAGAAUAAUCACCAAAAGAAGGUUUUAAAAGUCCAGAUGUCCAGACUGAUUAAGUCAGAAGUCCUGAGGGCAAGACGCAGGGCUGUCUGUCAAGCAGCUGAUAGGCUUAUCUACAUAGGAAAUCUUAAGGAAUCCACAAAAAAACAAAGACACACACCUAGAAUAAUGGAGUGCAGCAAGAUCUCAGGUUACAAAAUAAACAUACAAAAACCUAUUUCUACCUACUAGCAAUUAACACAUGGACACAAAAAUUUAAAGUACUAUUUACAAUUGCUUAAAAAAAGACAUACUUAGGUUUAAAUCUAAAACAUGUAAGAACUUGUAUGCUGAAAAUUACAAAACACUGAUGAAUGAAAUCAAAGAUUUGAAUAAAUGGAGAGACAUACUGUG